UACCUUGUUUUUAUAGUUUCAUGCCUUGAACGAAAGCCAGAAAAUUCGCCCCUGGCUGCCUGAGGAACUCUAGUAGCAAUUUUCACCCAAUCUACGACGUAUUUCCCAACUUGUCUGGACGACAUUCUCACUUUUUAUAAAGCUAUUUUACAAAGAUUUAAAGCAAUAUGGCCUUCGUCCGCGCCAAGGUUGAAGUUCGCAGGGACUGGUGCCCAACCCAGCCUGCAAACACGAACACCCGCGAAAACACACGAAGAUUGACCGAAGCGUGAAAAUGACGUAUGUAAUACAAUCAGGGUUAUCCCCCCCCCCCCUGGUUAUAUUAUAUUGUGCAAUUCAGCCAUUUUAAAGCGCAAGAAAAUGCAAGGAAAUGUAAUUCCCAUUACAGAACAAUUCAACAAUAUAACUCAAGAUAUCGACCGAGCGAAUUCAGAAGAAAUUGUCAAACUAUUAUACAAAUCCGAUUUGGAAAUUUUUAAUGGCUGGGAAGGGUACCAAAAUGUGCUAUCUUCAGAAAUUUUAGCAGUAGUACAGGAAGUAUCAUCUCUCGCUGUGCAGUAUGUUAAACCUGACACAAAAAAUGCUGGAAUUAUUCUCAGUGGUUGCGGAACUUCCGGGAGAAUUGCAUUUUUUAUCAGUAGAAAGUUUAACGAGUUUGCAAAGGGACAAAAUUUGCGGCCAUGUUAUAGGUACAUUAUUUCUGGAGGUGACCCUGCCCUUAUGAUGUCGGUUGAAUCCUGUGAGGACGACUGGAAUGCUGGAAAGAGAGAAUUAGAGAAUGCGGCCGAAGGGUUCGAUAAGGUUUUGUAUGUUGCGAUAACAUGUGGGUUGUCCGCACCUUUUGUAGGUGGGCAAGUCGAAUAUUGCCUGCAACACCUGCAGAAGUUUACACCUUACUUACUCGGAUUCAAUCCUACAAAUCAAGCCCGGAGUGCAGCGAUCCGUGGAACUGAUAAAGUCAUGUUGGAUGUAGCUUUGGAAAUGGAAGGUGGAGUAACUAGUCAACUUCAGAACUCUGAAUGCUUAUAGGAGCAAAUAAAUAUAAGAUUACAAAUACAAUCCUCACAAAUAUUUAGGGGGUUGAGAGCCUAUUUUUACCAAAAAGAAUGUGGUUGCCCCACUUAUCCCCUCACUUGGGAUAUAUAUUUGUAAAGUACUAUUUUUCUAAGACAACUGGAAUAGCAGAAGUGUUUGAUAAAAACUCUUUUAAAAAAUUUUAGCAAUGAGCCCUCCCUUAUUUUACCGAUUACGGUUCCAUUUUGUGACUUUACCAACAAUCUUUGAUGUCUUUUGUAGCCAAAGGUCGUUUGCUCAACCCUGUUGUGGGUCCUGAACCAAUCACUGGUUCGUCAAGAAUGAAAGGUGGUACUACGACCAAGAUGCUGUUAGAAGCCAUAUUCCUUACGGCACAUCAAAAAGCUGCUAACGAAGCAACACCUAUUCCUUAUGAUGACAUCAUCAAAACAUACCUGAUAACUCUCAAUUUGACGCACACCAAAGAUGCUGAAAUCUCAUCACUAAUUAAAAUGGCUGGUAAUAGCCUCGUUAAGGGUGGAUCUGUAUCAUACAUAGGCUGGGGUUCACUAGGAAUUAUGGGCAUGAUCGAUGCAGCCGAAUGUGUGCCAACGUUUGGUGCAAACCAUGACGAUGUAAGAUGCUUCCUGGAAAGUGGUUAUAAAAUUCUAAGAAAUGCUCAGGGAAAUUUGUCAUCCCAGGGAGAAGCACUAGAGAUUGGUUUUGAUAAUUUCAUAGAAAAGAGAGGUCCUAAGCUUUCUAAGAUUGAUACAGUUAUCUUUAUAGUUCAAGAUUUAUCAUCAGAGCAGAAACUAGGAUUACGCAGAAUUGUAGAAUUAGUUAAGAGUCGAAAAAGUAAUAUAGCCAUUAUAGCUGUUAAUAGUAAUAAUGAUAAUUGGCAGAUACAUGAUAUAUUCGGUGAUUCACUUACAAUAAACAUAGUUUUACCAAGUACAGGCAGAGAACAGAAUAGCAACAAGCAAUUCUACAAAUUUCUAGACCAGUGCACAACAGAGGUCUCUUUUAAGUGGGUCAUAAAUGCUGUCUCGACAGGCGCACAUAUUCUAAAGGGCAAAGUCUACAAGAAUUGUAUGAUAGAUUUAAAACUAACCAAUAGAAAGCUUUUCGAGAGAGGUGUUAGGAUUGUCACUCAGUUUAGUAACAUUAGCAGCGAGGUAGCAAAGGAGUGUUUAUUGAAAUCAAUUUAUCGACAAGAUGUGCUUAAUUUAAACAUGGUGGAAGCAGAUGUAUCUGAGCAUGUGUUGAAAGCAGGCUAUGUAGACAGGGUGAUACCACUAGCUAUUUUGUUGACAAAAGGUUUUAAGGUAGAUUUGGGCAUGAAAAUGUUAGUGGACUGUCCAAUUGUUAGAGAAUGUAUUGAAAACUGUAUGUGAUCUGCAUAGCACACUGGAACAGAACGGAAUGGAUUUUAAAUUUGGACAUGAUUUUGUUACAAUUUUUCCUUUGGAUCAUAUAUUGACUUAAUUGAUUUGAUUUAAUUACUGUAUUAGAUAUUAAUAAAUACAUUAUUAUUCUAUAUAUUUCUGUACAAUCAUUUAAUUAAUCUACUAAAAUCAAGAUAAGAAAGUUGUUCUCUUUGAUGUCCGUGUCUGCCUUUUUUUAUUGUCUGAUCGUAAAUUGUGCAACUUUUGUGGUUAAAGCCCUUUGCGAGCGCGAGCUGAUCACUCAUCAAACUUCCAUUCUUUGUCAGAGAGUUGCCUGCGGAGGCUAGAAAAGCGUCUCCAAUAAUUCGUUCCAAUAAUUUGCAAUGGACACAAUAUUGUCAUUAGAAUUGCAAACAUAAUUGGAUCAGUCUGCUCCGCUGGUAUCUCAUGGGUUUUUUUUGCCUGGAACAAAAUUCUGUGCCUCAAUUUAUCCCAUACUUGCGGAGGCUGUAAUUGGAUCAGAUUGCUCUUACCUUUAUUUUGUCCAAUUAAUUCUGGAAUUUAAGACAUUUAGUACUUCAUUCAGUGACAAUGUAUAUACACCUAACUCAUCCAGAGCAUCACGUGACGUCUCCUUAUUUGGUUUACGUUUGUUCUCUCCCAUAGUCUCCUUCAAGAGCACUGCUGAUCCUGGCAUCAGAUUUAACAAAAUAAUCGCCUCCUUUAGU